GAGAGAGGGGUCAAAUCUAGUGGUGAAGGGUUUGCUGUCUUUUGUAUAAAAUAAAAAAUAUAUUUUUGUGGUGGGUGGUGUUGCUACCAUUACAAGGGUUUCACAAAAAUAAUAAUAAAUAAAUAAAAUAAUUUAUAGAGAGAGAAAGUGGAGAGAGAAGCCCUGAAAUGCUAAAGAUAAUAGUUGAGAGACUUUGUAUAUCACAUUUACCCUAUAAAGCCCCAAUCUUUAAUUUUCUUCCUUCUCUCUCUCUCUCUUAUCAGAUUCCUCUGAUCUUUUCUUAAUUGGGGUUUAAUCAUAGUCCAUGGAUCCUUUUGAUUUGAUUCGUAAAGGAUUUGGUUGAAGCUGAAUGAAAAUUUGAGUUGUGUUCAAUUAUCUAGCAUUAGUUUUAGUUAUUAAUUUUUCGAUUUCGGUAAAGAAUGAGCUUAUCCAAGAAAGGAGUCUAUUCGACUGAGAGCACUGCUAGUAAGAUAACAAGGUUGAAUCCAAAUGCAGCUGAAUUUGUUCCUUCUGGCUUCAGGUCUUCAUUUUCGGGGAGCACUAGUGCAGCGAAUUCAACGUCUUUGUUUUCUUCGUCAGGAAGUUUAGGAAAGGCGGUGUUAGAUAGAACAGAGUCAUCUGUGUCGAAUAAUUCUGAUGAAGAGGCUCAUCAGUAUUGGCGUCGCCAACUCCCCGAUGAUAUCACCCCCGAUUUUAAGGUUAUGGGAGAAGAUGAAUCCCAAACCAUUGGAAAUCUUACUUUGUCUGGCUUGUCUUUACACGAUGAAAGUGAAGUAAGCAGGUUUUCGCCUACCAGUGGUGGUGGAUUUCAGUUGAAUGAGACUCACACUAAUGGCUCUUUUACUGAGAAGUUGAGACUUUCCGGUUUGGGCUAUGGUGAUGAUCUUUCUUCGGCGAGUUAUUUAAAUAUGUCAGCUCAGCCUUGGGAUAAGCAGAUUUUGAAUGGUAAUAGUCAGCUUGUUGGGAAUGGUGGUCAGGAUGCGAAUCCUUACGAUGGCCUUUCUCAACACGCGUUUAUGAGUGAUAUGUUCGGUGAACAAGUGGAAGAUAAUGAUAUCAAUCCUGUAGAGUUUUUGGCAUCACAAUUCCCCGGCUUUGCAGCUGAAAGCCUUGCAGAGGUGUAUUUUGCCAAUGGCUGUGACCUGAACUUGACUGUUGAAAUGUUAAUCCAGUUAGAGCAUCAAGUUGAUAAUGGUUUCAGUCCAAAUCCAAGCCCAAAGACCUUAUCUUCUCCUAAUCUCACCGCAAUGGACUUUCCUGCACUUAAUCCAACAGAUGGUCAGAACGUUUCUCGAAAGUACACUGGCGAUGAAUUCCAGCAAAGUGGCUAUCCUUAUCGGUCUUCUGACAAGGAGAGCUUGCUUUUAUUCAAGUCCAGCUCUUCCAUUCCAUCGAGAGGCAGUGUAGAUUUUGCUACAGCUGUUAGGAAAUUGGCUGCCCAGGAUUCUGGUGGGUGGAAAUACGAACGGAAUAAUUCUACAGAUGCCGCUAUUGGCUCAAGUAGAAGUGGCCAUUCUUUAGCAAGUAAUUACAGCAGCGGGCAUGGAAGAGGUACCUACGGUGAUAGGUUACAGUCACGGGGUUCUGCUCGAGCUGCUCCUGUUUGGCUCGAAACUGGAGAAGCUGUUGCAAAUAUGUAUUCCGAACAAAGGGAGGAAGCUCGUGAUCAUGCACGACUACGUAAUGCAUAUUUUGAGCAGGCUCGCCAAGCAUACCUUGUUGGUAAUAAGGCUCUUGCAAAGGAAUUGAGUGUGAAAGGGCAACUUCACAACAUGCGAAUGAAGGAAGCUCAUGGAAAAGCUCAAGAAUCGAUAUAUCGGAUGAGGAACCCAGUUGCUCCCGAGAUGCAAGGCAACGGUAGAGGAAACGAGAGGAUGAUAGAUUUACACGGGCUACACGUAAGUGAAGCUAUUCAUGUCCUGAAACAGAAACUCUCUCUCCUUAGAAGCACUGCAAGGGCAACCGAGCAACGACUGCAGGUAUAUAUCUGCGUUGGAACAGGCCACCACACUAGAGGCUCCCGCACACCAGCCAGACUUCCAAUUGCUGUACAAAGAUACCUUCUCGAAGAAGAAGGCCUUGAUUACUCCGAGCCACAACCAGGGCUUCUUCGAGUUUUAAUAGCCGUUAUAUUAAAGCUCCUCCGUCCGAAGAAUGCUCUACCGGAAAUGCCAUUCCAAUCCGACCUCAGGCCGGUGGCAGCCAUUAUCACCUCUAUAAAAAACCCAUCUGUAUACUCUCUUCGCUCUCUCUUCACUUCCCUCUCUACUCCCACUUCUCACUCUCUCCCAUUCUCCUCUUCUUCCACUUCGCCAUGGUUUUCUGUUCUCCGUUCCGCCGUCGCCACCGCCGACUUAUCACUCGGAAAGCGAGCUCACGCUCUUAUCAUAAGAACUGGGCAAGACCCAGAUCGUUUUCUGACGAACAAUCUCAUUACAAUGUACUCUAAAUGUGGGUCUCUUUUAUAUGCACGAUACCUGUUCGAUAAAAGUCCUGACAGAGACCUUGUUACUUGGAACUCUAUUUUAGCUGCCAUUGCUCAAUCUGCUGACUCUAAAAUUGAGAAUAUUCAAGAGGGUUUUGAUGUUUUUCGUAAUCUUCGUGAGUAUUUUGUAUCAACUAGUAGACUUACUUUGGCACCAUUGCUUAAGCUUUGUUUAUUAUCUGGUUAUGUUUGGGCUUCUGAGGCUGUUCAUUGUUAUGCUGUUAAGAUUGGACUUGAAUGGGAUGUGUUUGUUUCUGGUGCUCUUGUCAAUAUUUAUUCGAAAUUCGGGAGAAUUAAAGAGGCUCGCGGUUUGUUUGAUUUGAUGCCUGAAAGAGAUGUUGUGUUGUGGAAUGUAAUGCUUAAGGUGUACUUGGAAAUGGGUCUUGAAAAAGAAGUAGUUUAUCUCUUUAAUGAGUUUCAUCAGAGUGGGUUACGACCUGAUGAUGUUACUAUGCGUUGUGUUAUUUCUGGGAUUAACAAACUUGGUUCUGAUAAAUGUGGUAGGUACUUGGACCAGGUUCAAGCUUACUCAACUAAAUUAUCUUUGUAUAGAGAUGAUUCGGAUGUGUAUGUAUGGAACAAGACACUCUCUGAAUAUCUUCAAGUUGGUGAGAAAAGGCUUGCUAUUAGUUGCUUUGUUAAUAUGAUUAGAUCAAUGGUGAAGUUUGAUGUUGUUACUUUAGUAGUUAUCUUAAGUGCAGUUUUGGGUACACAUGAUUUGGAGUUGGGGAAACAGAUUCAUUGUGUUGCUGUGAAAUCAGGUUUUGAUUCUGAAGUUUCUAUUGCUAAUAGUCUAAUCAAUAUGUAUUCAAAGUUAGGUUCUGCUUAUUUUGCUCGAAAAGUGUUUAAAUACAUGGAAGAGUUGGACUUGAUUUCUUGGAACUCAAUGAUUUCGAGUUGUAGUCAGAGUGGUUUAGAGGAGGAAUCUGUGAACCUAUUUAGAGAUUUAUUGGAUACUGGUGUAGUACCCGAUCAAUUUACGCUAGCAAGUGUUUUGAGGGCUUGUUCUUCACUUAAAGAAGGGUUACCCAUUGCUAGACAGGUACAUGUUCAUGUAGUUAAGCUUGGUAAAAUAGCUGAUAAAUUUGUUUCAACAGCACUUAUUGAUGUUUAUUCAAGAAGUGGAAAGAUGGAAGAUGCUGAGGUUGUUUUACACAAGAAAGUUGAAUUUGACUUGGCUUCUUGGAACGCCAUGAUGUUCGGGUACAUCAUUGGUAAUAAGAGUCACAAAGCAUUGGAACUUUUGAGUCUUAUGCAUAAACUUGGAGAGAGGGCUGAUGAGAUUACUUUAGCUGCUGCCACGAAAGCUUCCGGUUCCUUGGUAGCACUGGAACAAGGCAAGCAAAUUCAUGGCCAUGUUUCAAAAACAGGGUUUGAUGGGGAUUUGUGUGUCAUUAGUGGGAUCUUAGAUAUGUAUAUAAAAUGUGGAGAUAUGGUAAGUGCUAACACAGUGUUUGCUGAUAUCCCUACACCUGAUGAUGUUGCUUGGACAACAAUGAUAUCGGGAUGUGUUGAAAAUGGCGAUGAGGAUCGUGCUCUUUCUAUAUAUCAUCAGAUGAGGCUGGCCGGAAUCCAACCUGAUGAAUAUACCUUUGCUACCUUAGUCAAAGCUAGCUCAUGCCUUACAGCAUUGGAACAAGGGAGACAAAUUCAUGCUAAUGUGAUAAAGUUGGAUUGUGCUUCCGAUCCUUUUGUUGGGACAUCGUUAGUUGACAUGUAUGCCAAGUGCGGGAAUAUAGAAAGUGCUUAUUGCUUGUUCAAAAGGAUGGACGUUAAAAAUGUCGCCUUGUGGAAUGCUUUGUUAGUUGGUUUAGCUCAACAUGGAGAUGCCAAAGAAGCUCUUAAUCUUUUCAAAUGUAUGGUUGGUAAUAAUAUCGAACCCGAUAGAGUUACAUUUGUUGGGGUGCUUUCAGCUUGUAGCCAUUCUGGUUUAAUUUCAGAAGCUUAUGGAUAUUUCUCUUCAAUGCAUAAAGAUUAUGGCAUCGAGCCAGAGAUUGAGCAUUAUGCUUGUCUUGUUGAUGCCCUUGGCCGAUCUGGACGUGUAAGAGAGGCAGAAAAUCUGAUCUCAUCAAUGCCUUUUAAAGCUUCAGCAUCAAUGUACAGAGCCCUGCUCGGUGCUUGUAGAGUUCAAGGGGACACUGAAACUGGAAAACGAGUGGCAGAACAGCUCUUGGUUUUGGAGCCAUCUGAUUCAGCUGCGUAUGUUCUUCUAUCUAACAUGUAUGCAGCUACAAAUCGUUGGGAUGAGGCUAGUAAUGCUCGAAAACAGAUGAAGAGUAAAAAUGUGAAAAAGGACCCGGGUUUCAGCUGGAUUGAUGUGAAGAACAAGAUGCAUUUGUUUGUGGUUGAUGAUAAAUCCCAUCCUGAAAGUGAUUUGAUUUAUGACAAGGUUGAGGACUUAAUCAGAAGAAUUCGAGAAGAAGGGUAUGUCCCCGAUACGGAUUUCGUGUUGGUUGAUGUGGAAGAAGAGGAAAAAGAGCGAGCUUUGUAUUACCAUAGUGAGAAGCUAGCAAUUGCUUAUGGACUCCUAAGGUGUCCUCCUUCAACCACCAUAACAGUGAUUAAAAAUCUUAGAGUCUGUGGAGAUUGCCAUAAUGCUAUCAAACAUAUUUCAAAGGUUUCUCAACGAGAAAUUGUAUUGAGAGAUGCAAAUCGGUUCCAUCGUUUUAGGAAUGGAAUCUGCUCCUGUGGUGAUUACUGGUAAAAGCCAUUUGAUGAAGUUUUGUUUGUUCUUUUGAGAUUUUUUCAAUAAUAAUUUUUUUUAACAGUAUCUAAUACCAAAAUAUAUACCAAUUUAUACCUA